UCAGAUUGACGCUGCCACAAAUCAGGGAGAGAGACUGGGCAGGCGCUACGGGUAUUCUCCAGCUGAUCAGAGAAAGCAGGAAGGAUUGGGAGAGCAUCUCUGUAGCGACCAUCCUCAGCUGGAAGAAAAUGCAUUGAUUUAUUUUAGAAAGCUAAACAGAACGCUGUGAUCCUAUAUUUAUAAACACUGCUUGUUUGGUCGUCUGUGUCAAGAGCGAUAGUGGAUUCAACGAAAACAGCAGUUGCGUGAGAUAGAGCCCUGUCCCCUGCCACUAUCUCCUUCUCUGUUUACCAGAAAGUUCCACUCCGCUCCUGGCCACGGAACGGCCCUUUUCCAACUGCACUGCCAGAAGGAGACGCUGAGAAAAGCAACAGUUUCAGAGUCUGAGCUGGAUUCAAUGAGGGAACCAGAGCGGGAGGAGCAGCCUGACGACGCCAACAUGCCUCCCAAGUUUAAACGACACCUCAACGAUGAAGAGGUCACUGGAUCCAUACGCAGCGAGAGGAGGAACCUGUUGGAGGAAGACUCUGAUGAAGAGGAGGACUUCUUCCUGAGGGGACCAACUGGACCCAGAUUUGGAGCCGGAAAUGACAAAAUCAGACAAGUUCAGUCGCAGGUUGAUGAGGUCAUCGAUGUGAUGCAGGAGAACAUCUCCAAGGUGAUCGACAGGGGAGAGCGACUGGAGGACCUGCAGGACAAGUCAGAGAGCCUAUCAGACAACGCGUCAGCCUUCAGCAGCCGAGCCAAGCAGCUGCAUCGGAGGAUGUGGUGGAGAGACAUGAAGAUGAAGGCCAUCAUAGCUCUGGUGGUGGUCGUUCUGCUACUUAUCAUCAUCAUUCCGGUGAUCUUGCGGUAUCGCUAGUGUUUCGCCAGGAUGAGGAAGAAUCUCUCAAUCCUUCUCCUCUUCCUCCCAUUCUCCUGCACAAAGUCCUCUACACCGGCUAGGGGGCACCAUCUGCCCAUAACCACAGAUCUAAGAUCAGCUCACCCUCUCCCAAUGCUAACCUUUACCGUUAGGAUGGAAAACACAAAACUGACCUAAGAUCAGUGUCUACUAGGGACCACUUCAUCCUACUCUGUGAGCCAGGGGUGACAAGGGUGACACAGGAAGCAUUACGUUGGUGUUACGUAAGGGUUGGGUUUGCGUCCCAAAUGAUAUCCUAUUUAGGGAAUAGGGUGUCAUUUGAGAUGCUGCCUGUGUCUCAGACACCUAAUCAAACUAAAGGAGAACUCCAUUCAGUACAUAAUACAUAUCAGCUAGUCGUUAAGGUUAAGUUUCAUAUCAUGUAGUCAGACUGAUUCUAAUGAUAGUGAGACUUUCAGUCAAUCUGUCUGCUCCAGUCAGUCCAUCAGCAGUUUAGAAACCGGUUAUACAGGACUUGUAGCACACCAAAAUAUUUGGAGAUUAAGAAUGGAACCCCUACCACCUCCCAUCUCACAUGUUUAGAAUGCUUUCAAGCCAAAACUGAUGAGGCAAGGGCUAAAUCUUAAUUCUCUACAGUGGCUUCCUCUACUUGUCUCCUUUCCUUCUUUCCUUUUCUUCACCCAGUUUGAUCUGACACUAGCAGGACUGGUUCAAGCCAGUGAGAGGAAGCCACUGUGGAGUAUUGGGACAACGUGUGUCCUACUGACAUGUGUUACUGCUUGGCCACUGCUGAUCUCAUUUCCUGUUAGUAACACUAUGCUAGCUGUCUCUCUCCAGAUGGUUGAAUUUUACAGUUUCUGUGAUAUUGAGUUCUGUUGGAAGGUUAACGUGAAGCUUAUGAAUGUCUGCUGCUAUUCCCAUUACCCCUGAGGAGCUAAGGGACAGACACUGUUCAUUCCACUGCAAAUGCUGGAGGCGUCUGGUACCACUUGUUUAUUCUGUGUGCGCGCGUGUGAUUUUCCUAGUCUGCCCUGUAUUGAGAUUGCGUGCUCUCGGUAUCCAAACAUGCACGGCUUGUGAUGCGUGUCACCAGUACUGCCACACCACAGCAGCAUAACAUUUGAUUAACACUUGAUUUAAAUCAGAAAUGUUCAGUCUGAUUGGCUGGUUGUUCUGUCUGGUUUGCUUAUUUCCUUAUAAAAUCAUAGACUUCGGAAGGUGCUACAGAAGCAGCCCUGAUAAAUUGAAAUGAAUGUGCCAGAGUUAUAGAAUUCCAGCCGUCUGUUCAGAAAGAAAUGAAAUAAUUCCGAAUAGUCUACUACACCAGGAGUAGGCCUAUAAUAUAGCCACAGAGGAGCAAUAAAUAAAAAAUGUAAUGGCCUAGCUGUGGAUUGUAGCCCAAUAACAAGGUAUAGGCUACAGCCAGGAAUGUGCUGCAAAUUUGCCAGUAAACAGCAUGCAGACAAAACAGGCCUUUCGCAAUAUUUAAAAUACAGUCGCAGGAAAACACAGGUUGGAUAGCAAAUGGCUCCUGCUGAAAAGAGAAGACGAAUCUGUCUGCUGUAGGAUACCAAAAUAUUUUAGCAACUUCCAAAAAGGCGAUCAAGUAACCAUUGUUUACAGGUUAGAGAUAGGCUUUUGGCAUGAGCGCAUCAGCCAUUGCGACUAGUGAGCUGUGCAUUAUUUCUCAUUGGGUAAGUCAGUGAAACUGGAAAGCUUUUUUAAGACUCAUUUCCUCAUUGUACAAUAUGUGUGUCUCCACACACCUAGGUCUAGGCUAUUGAUGGAUUCAAUACGUUUUUAAUGAUUUCAGUGUGAAAGUAGACACUCAUUUCGAUCAUUUUUGCAUUACUUAAAAAGAUUCUGCCAAAGUCUGCAGUCAUGUAAAAUGAUGUAGAAUUGCAUGAAAUGCGUUUACACAAGGCGCAAUUUCUCCCACCUUUACUGCUCUAUUCCACUACGCAAAUGCGAUGAUAUGCAUGCAAUGCUUUAUUACACUGAACAAAAAUAUAAAUUCAACGUGCAGAAAUUUCAGUUCAUAGUUCACGUAAGGAAAUCAGUCAAUUUAAAUAAAUUCAUUAGGCCCUAAUCUAUGGAUUUCACAUGACCGGGAAUAUAGAUAUGCAUCUGUUGGUCACAGAUACCUUUUUAAAUGUUUGUAUCCAUUUUGUUUUAUUUCCCGCCCCCUUUUUCUCCCCAAUUGUCAUGAUUACAAACGUAUCUCAUCGCUGCAACUCCCCAAAGGGUUCGGGAGAGGUGAAGGUCGAGUCAUAUAUCCCCUGAAACGUGACUCGCCAAACCGUGCUUCUUAACACCCGCCCGCUUAGCCCGGAAGCCAGCUGCACUAAUGUGUCCGAGGAAACACCGUUCAACUGACGACCACGUCAGCCUGCAGGCUCCCGGCCCACCACAAGGAAUCGCUAGAGCACGUAAAGUAAAGUCACCCCACCCAAACACUACCCUAACCCGGACAAUGCUGGGCCAAUUGUGCGCCGCCCUAUUGGACUCCCGGUCACGGCCAGUAAUGACACAUCGAACCCCACGCUGUAGUGACACUGCAACACUGCGAUGCAGUACCUUAGACCACUGCGCCACUCGGGAGGACCCCACAGAUACCUUUUUUUUAAAGGUAGGGACGUGGAUCAGAGAACCAGUCAGUAUCUGGUGAGACCACUAUUUGCCUCAUGCAGCGCAACACAUUUCCUUCACAUAGAGUUGAUCAGGCUGUUGAUUGUGGCCUGUGGAAUUUCGUCCCACUUCAAUGGCUGCGCGAAUUUGCUUGAAUUUGGCUGGAACUGGAAGUCGCUGUUGUACAUGUUGAUCCAGAGCAUCCCAAACUUGCUCAAUGGGUGACAUGUCUGGUGAGUUUGCAGGCCAUGGAAGAACUGGGACAUUUUCAGCUUCCAAGAAUUGUGUACAGAUCCUUGCGACAUGGGGCUAUGCAUUAUCAUACUGAAACAUGAGGUGAUGGAGGCAGAUGAAUGGCACGACAAUGGACCUCAGGAUUUCGUCAGGGUAUCUUUGCAUUCAAUUUGCCAUUGAUAAAAUGUAGUUGUGUUCGUUGUGCGUAGCUUUUGCCUGCCCUUAUCAUAACCCCACCACCACCAGGUGGCACUCUGUUCACAACGUUGACAUCGGCAAACCGCUCGCUCACAUGACGCCAUACAUGCUGUUUGCCAUCUGCCCGGUACAGAUGAAAACUGUAUUAAUCUGUGAAGAGCACACUUCUCCAGCUUGCCAGUGGCCAUCGAAGGUGAGCAUUUACCCGCUGAAGUCAGUUACAACGCUGAACUGCAGUCAGGCCAAUACCCUGGUGAGGACGACGAGCACGCAGAUGAGCUUUCUGAGAUGGUUUCUGCCAGUUUGUGCAGAGAUUCUUUGGUUGUGCAAACCCACAGUUUCAUCAACUGUCCGGGUGGCUGGUCUCAGACAAGCCCGCAGGUGAAGAAGCCGCAUGUGGAGGUUCUGGGCUGGCAUGGUUACAAGUGAUUUGCGGUUGUGAGGCCGGUUGGACAUACUACUAAAUUCUCGAAAAUGACUUUGGAUGCUGCUUAUGGUAGAGAAAUUGAUAUUCAAUUCUCUGGCAACAUCUCUGGUAGACAUUCCUGCAGUCAGCAAGCCAAUUGUACUCUCUCUCUCUCAACUUGAGACUGGCAUUGUGUUGUGUGACAAAACUGGCCUUUUGUUGUCCCCAGCACAAGGUGUACCUGUGUAAUGAUCAUGCUGUUUAAUCAGCUUCUUGAUAUGCCACACCUUUUACAUGGAUUGAUUAUCUUGGCAAAGGAGAAAUACUCACGAACAGGGACGUAAACACAUUUGUGCACAAUUUAGUAAAUUAACUAUUUAUUGAACUGCAUUGUUGGUUAAGGGCUUGUAAGUAAGCAUUUCAUGGUAAUAGAAUACCUGUUGUAUUCGGCACGUGACAAAUAACAUUUGAUUUGAAUUUGAGAGAAAUAAGCUUUUUAUUGCAUAUGGAACUUUUACACAUUACGUUUUAUAUUUUUAUUCAGCAUUAAAAUAUUUUUUUGCCAUGCGUUCUGGUACCUCAGAGCUCCCCAGGUCACUCCCCUUUCGCGCUCACUUUUUGUUCCUGCACCUCCCGAUUUUACAAAUUAAGCACGGAACAUAGUCUGGACUCCAGCUGAACACCAUAUAGGCCUACUAAAAAUACUCACACAAGCCACUAGCCAGUCAGUCAUGCAGUAUUACAUGAGUUAGAAGAUUAUGAAUAUAGGCUGUAUUGUGAAUUUAUUAUUUAUUAACAUUGAAGAUCAUUUUUGUACCGAUUUGUGAUUUAUCUAGCUAGCUAACUAGUAUAUUUACAUCAAUUAUCAGCUGAUAGCCUACCUUAUUUUCCCAAUUCGAGGCACUGUAACUUACUUGCUUGCUUAUAAUUUGUGAUGAGUGAGUUGUUGCAGAAAUAAAUAGGCCUAUGCUAAAAAAUUGCUACAGAGGCACAUAGUAUGUUGUUUUGAGUACCUGCCCCCUGAAAGGUCUAUGCAAGACCCUGGGUGUAACACUGCCUAAUGUGGUGACAGCACAGUGUCCAGCAUAUCUGUAUACAAUAACCCCUACAUCAUCAUUCCUUUUUUUUAAAUGUAAUUUAUUUGAGGUGUAAAUAUUGAUCUGUAAUGAUGUACUAUACUCUGUCAUUACAUUGAAAAACUGUGAAAUACUGUAAUGUUAAUCUGACGUAAUAAAAUGAUUUGAAAGAG